UGAGGGCAAAAACUAAAGUGUUGUGUUUAUAAUGUUGUUCUGUGUAUUUUGUAUUUUAGUGGUGUAUGAAGAAGAAAUUUGACUGUUUUAAAAUAACCAACUUUCUUUAUAUAGUUUGAAAGUCUACUCUGACCUGCUGUGCAAAUUGACUCUGACUUAAGUCCUCUGGGUCAAGUACCCAUAAUAUGUUUGUAAUAGUGCUGAAGCUUGUUUACUAAAAUGUAAACUGUUUUCAAUACCAGUGCUGACUCAAAUAUCUGUCCUUGUUAAAAUAUAUUGGUAAAAUAUGUGCUGUUUCUGCAGCCCAUGUCACUAAUGAUUGUGCAGUCGUAUCUUAAAAUGUUAAUCUUAGCUUAUGUGCAAUUGGCCUAUUAGUUCCAUACAGUAACAAUUGAAUCCUUGUUGCCACAAAUUGGACAGAAUUAUAAUAAGCCAUGAUCUCAGCUUAAAGCCUUGCAGAUUUCUCUGAGUCUACUAUUUUAGCAUUGAUCUAUUUUGCAGGCAGGGGAAGCAAAAAAAGGUAUGAAAAAAAUCACUGUUGCCUUGGUGAAAAUACAUAUCCAUAACAUAUUCUACCUUCAACAUAAUCAAACAAAAAUAUAAUAUGCAAUUCUCACCUCCAUUACAGGAAGUGAGUUGUGCAAAAUGCAGGUAUUACUCUUUUGUGCCAUUAACAUGUUCAACGGCUCAAGGGUGCACUAACAAGCAGUUUACAUCAUAUUUGCCUCCCAUUCGAGGGGAGCCAAGCAAGAAACCUGUUAACUGUUUGGAUUUGGAAAAUCCAGGCCUGGCUAUUGAAAUGAAAAUGUUUUGGCUGGACAACAAAGCAGUGACUGCAGUGACAUAUAAAAUGUGUAAGUCAAUUGGUACAAUUAGCUUUAGCUGGUCACCAUUCAGUCAUUCAAAGAAAAUGUAUUUGGUCAACAGAAAUACUUUGGCUGUAACUGAGGCUGACUCUGGUGAUUCAUAUUAGAUCAAAUGACAGCAAACACUAUAGCUCAGAAGGCCUGAUACAUUUAUGGACUUGAUGGAACAUGCACCUACACAGGUUUAUGAUGCUGAGCCUCGAGUUUGAUCACUCCUGUCACUAUGACUACAUAGAGGUGCGUGAUGGCAACAGCAUCCAAUCUCAGGUGAUUGGUCGGUUCUGUGGAAAUGACCGACCUGCUACAAUCCAGAGCUCCAGCAACUCCUUACACAUUCUGUUUGUAUCUGAUGGAUACAAGAACUUUGAUGGCUUCUUCGCCACAUUCCAGGAGAGCUCAGCAUGCAACUCCUCCCCCUGUCUCCACGAUGGUACCUGUAUUCUGGACUCAUCUCACUCCUACCGCUGUGCCUGUCUGGCUGGCUACACGGGGCAGUGGUGUGAGAAUGUUAUUGGCUGCCGGAGGCCCCCUGUACCUGUACAUGGUUCCACAGUGGGGCUAUUCCAUCACUCUGGGGCACGAGUCACCUAUCGCUGUGACCCUGGGUUUGAGCUGAAGGGGAUCCACACAGCCAUUUGCCUUCAGGAUGGUACCUGGAGUGCCCCUGUCCCUCAGUGUGUACCCAUGGUAAAGUUCUGUGACAUUCCAGCCAAGCCUGUUCAUGGAGACCACUUCCUGGUGUAUGGACCUAAUGACGUCAUUAUAGCCUUGCAGUAUCUGUGCUACCGGCCCUACAAGCUUAGCGGGACGCACCAGAGGACAUGUCUCUCAAACAACACCUGGAGUGGAACCCCCCCCACCUGUGACAAAGUUAAUAAUACACUUGCUCAACCAGACAAAGAAAAGGACAAACCAAAAUAUACGGGAAAAGACAAAGGCAGUGAAAAAGACUGUGACAAACCAACAGAAAACAACAAAGAGAUAAACAAUACUACAGUGAGAAAGGAUGAUGGUGCUGGUAAAGAUCCAGGCCUCAGGAACACAACUGUGGAGAACGAAGAUGUUAAAGACAAAAACAUAGACAUUACUCAGGUGGACAUCCCAGCAGGGAAGGAUAUACCUAGUGACAAAGAAAAAGAAACUGAGCUAGAAAAACCUAGUGGAGGUAAGAAGGAUCAAGCGGAGAGCAACGAAAUAGAUGACACAGUGGAGGGAGAAAGAGAAAAUGACUUGAGGAAAACCAUGGUGGACACAGAUGGUAGACCAGAUACAAAAGGAGACAAAGAUGUCAUACAGGAGAUAGGAAAUAAAACAGAGAUUCCUGAAGAUAAAGGACCAGAUGAAUAUAAGCCAAAAGAGGAACAUACUUUAAAACCUAGGGGAGACACAUUUGCCAUAGAUUACACUGAGUCAAAACCAAGGGGAGACACAUUUGCAGUAGAGAACACUGUCACAGAUGUGUUUGGCACCAAUGAAAUCGAGGAGGGCGUUAAUACAACCAUAUCUAAAGACAUGAAGAUUGUUAUUCCAACUACAAGCAACAAAACAAAUUUUACCCCCUAUUCGUCAAGUCAGGAACCUGGGAUGCCUGUGGGAAAACCAUACAAAGACAUAGAAUUAACUAUAGCUACAGGAGCAACUAAAGAUAAAGGAAUAUCUACAGAUACAGAAACUACUAAAUAUACAGGAACAACUAAAGACACAACCGUAACUAAGGAUGCAGAAAAAAUUAAAGACACAGAAGUAACUAAAGAUACAGGAUUAACUGAAGAUACAUCCGUAAUUGAAGAUAAAGGAGCAACUAAAGAUACAGGAGUAACUCAAAGUACAGACGUUACUAAAGAUACAGGAGAAACUAAAGAUACUGGAUCAAGUACAGAUACAGUAGUAAUUACAGAUACAGGAUCAGCUAAAGAUACAGCUGUAAUUAAAGAUACAGGAGCAACUAAAGAUACAGAAGGAACAGAAAAUACAGAAGCAACUAAAGAUUCAGCACUCAGUAAAGAUACAGGAGUAACUAAAGAUACAGGAGUAACUAAAGAUACAGGAGUAACUAAAGAUACAGGAGAAACUAAAGAUACUGGAUCUAGUACAGAGACAGUAGUAACUGAAGUGACAGUGGAGGCUAAACAUAGAGGAGCAGCCAAAGACACAGCGGCAAGUACAAGCAAACCUGCAGAGGAAAAUGAAGUGGAAGAUAUAGCCAUGCCAACUAAAGAAGAGCCUGAAGAUGAUAAUGAGAGAGAAAACCAAAGCACCAGUGACAAACGCUGUCCUCCUCAUCCGCAUCUUUACCAUGGUUACCACCAGGUGGUACCUGGGCUGGUGCCAGAGACAGUGGAGUUCUUCUGUAACCACUCCUACGCUCUGACCGGGGACAGCCGGCGGACCUGCCAGUCUGGGGGCAUCUGGCAAGGCACUCAACCCCUCUGUGUCAGAGCCUGCAGAGAGCCCAAAGUUUCAGAGCUUGUCAGACAGAGAGUUUUGCCUCCGCAUGUUCCAUCCAGGAAGACCCCUGUGCAUAAGUUCUACUCCUCAUCUGGGUUAGGGAGGUUGUUCCAGUCCGCCGGCCCCACCAAACGUCCCCCGGUGCUGGCUCCGCUACCCCAGGGCUUCCAGCACCUUUACACUCACAUAGAGUACGAGUGUGCCUCUCCGUUCUACCACCACACCGGCAGCGCACGCCGCACCUGCCUCAAGACUGGCAAGUGGAGCGGGCGUCAUGUCUCCUGUUCGCCAGUGUGUGGGAAACACCUCACAUUUGACCCCCAGAGUCCGGCGGAGGCACACUGGCCGUGGCUAGCCGCCAUCUACCGGCGCUCUGACAGUGGAGAAGGGACCGAGCUACACAAAAAGGCCAGCCUGGCUGUGUCACAAAAGCCGGGGGAGGUGACUGGAGCUGAAACGGGGACUGGAUCAGAGGCUGGGUCUGAGGGGCAGGACGAGGCCUCCGGCUGGCAGCUAGUGUGCAGCGGGGCCCUGGUAAACCAGCGCAGCGUUGUGGUGGCGGCCCACUGCGUGACGGAACUGGGGAAGCUGUACCCUCUGGAUGCGUCUGAGGUCAAGGUGGUGAUGGGAAAACACUAUCGCAGUGACCUCAGAGAGACCAAGGGCCUGCAGCAUCUCAGGGUGGCCUCUAUCUCCGUCCACCCCAACUACGACCCCCGCAUUCUGGACUCAGACUUGGCUGUGAUCAAGCUGCUGGACAAGGCUCGUAUUGGGGAAAAGGUCCUGCCACUCUGUCUCCCUGACGCCCAGGGGGGGGAGGUGACCUCCAGACAGGGGCUGGUGACAGGCUGGGCCCCCCUUCCAGAUCCCCGGUUCGGUGAAGAGGAGCGUGCCAGGGUGGGCGUGCAGCACCUCGCUGACGUGGUGCCCUGUGAGCAGCAGUAUGCCCGCAACGGCGUGCCCGUUAGCGUCACGGACAACAUGCUGUGUGGGCGCCAGCGGCCCGACUACAGCCCCUCCAACAUCUGUCCCGCGGACACCGGGGGGAUAUUGAUCCUUCCUCCCGAAAAAGGCUCCGCCCAGGACCUUGCAGUGCCAGACAAGUCCAAAGGGGAGUGGCGGCUGCUGGGGUUGGUGAGCUUCGGGUAUGACGAGGGAGAGUGUGACCCAGACCUGUUUACUGUUUAUACGCAUGUCGCCAACUUCAAAGACUGGAUAGAGAUACACAUGAAGUGAGAUCACCAUGGUGGGACUCGACUUGUAUCUCUGUUGUCCUUCCACCCAAAAACCUACUGUUUUUGCUGAAUAUUUAUCAGUAUUCCCCUUCUCCUUAUUUACCAGAAUCAUUCACUAUUCCCCUUUUACCUCCUUAUUCCUCCUAUCUUUUCUCUUCUUGUCACAGACAGCAGAGAGUGUGAUCAGUAAAGACCCAAUUAACACUGGACUGUGCCUUAACACAGCCUGAUCAGGGAUGCUCCCCUUCAGUUUAAAAAAACAAAAUCUAUAAAAGUCUGUCUAGAUUUCACCAGAUGAGAUGAAAUGUAUUGGAAUUUACUUGAAUUGGGACUUUGGCCCUAUUUGUUCUAUUUCUAUGCAUUUUGUCUUAUCCAAAAUUCUGAAAGAUUAUUUUUGAAAAUAGUUGCCUAGGUUUUAACUUAAAAAUGACCUGAAAGCCAAUUCCCUAAGGCUUUGGGAAAAUAUGUUUUUCAUUGCAUUCUUUGAUAUGUACUGUACAUAAUGUAUAAUGUAAUGUAUUAUUCAGGAACGUGGUUCAUGUGAUGUACAUAUUCAGUAGAAGGACAACAAAGUGAUGUUGUUUUUAAUUAAAGAAAUGUCGUUGUGUAAAGA